CAUUUGAUUUCAAUAGAGUGGAGUACAUAGUGAGUGCGUAAAGGUUACUACGGGGUUAGCGCACAUACACCAGGACGAACCAGCACCGAAGGCACCCGGCGAGCGAGGGAGCGCGUGCUCUGCUCUGUAUUUGAUGUGUGUGUGUGGUCCACUGGAUUAACUAGUGGGUGUGUGCCCGGUCUUUACCGCAAACCGGUGUGUGUGCGUUGGUGUCUGUCUGUCUUUGCGUGCAGCCGCUCCCCACGCAUUUUGAGCUCUCUAAUGGGAGAUCUGUUCUACCUACCUAUUGAUAGUCCGUGUAUUGCGACCUUCAAUGGACCUGUCUGUUUCUAACGGCGUGGAGCAGCUGCUACGAGCUAAUUGAAUUGAGCGUGGACCACUGUCCCCGAGCGGGAAUCGACUACAAUUCUGUUGUUGCGGCAGUGGAUGCAUUUAGUAGUAUGUAACCUGUGGUUAUUGGCAAUGACGCCCUAGGCAGCGUAGACACGAAGAGGACUAAAGGUUUACGCCUGUUCAUCUGAUUGAUCAUCGUUAUUACGCCAACAUGUCGAACCCGAGCAAAAGCAAGAAGGACAAAGAGAUAAUCGCGGAAUAUGAGAGCCAGGUGAAAGAUGUGCGGGCCCAGUUGGUGGAGCAGCAGAGGUGUCUGGAGCAGCAGACAGAGAUGAGGGUCCAGCUGCUUCAAGAUCUUCAGGAUUUCUUCAGGAAGAAGGCCGAGAUUGAGACAGAGUAUUCUAGAAACCUGGAAAAACUGGCAGAGAGGUUCAUGGCCAAGACACGCAGUACCAAG